UCCAGGAAUUCCAAUUUAUGAUGAUUGUGUUGCCUAUCACGAAAACAGAUGGUAAGUAUAUUGUAGCUUUUCUUUAUUGAAUUUUAUUAACUUCGUUGUUUACACGAACCGCAUACUUUACACGAACCGCAUGCAUAUGCUGGUAUAUGUAUACAUAAAUGUAGGUAAUAGUAUUGUAUAGAGUCCAAUUGGGGAAAACAUGCACGAAUUAGUUUUUACCAAAUUCGGAAAAUCCUGACAGACGAAUGAAUUUUGGCGAACUUUGAAAACUAACGAUCGUAUGUUCUUCCAAAUUGCGCGAGGAGCCAUACUAUUACUGACGAAGAAACUACAUACAUGCUUCGAUAGCAACUCUGAACUCGCUUGUGUCCUUUAACAGUUGUUUGUUAGCAAGCAGUUCAGUCUUUAUUUGCUAUACUUGCACUUAACUUGUUAUAUUCAACGACAAAAAGUUGUAGAAUCAAGGAAUUCUAAGCAUUACUAGCAAAAAAUAUGUUAAACAAGAUGCCUAAAAAGUAUAAAUAAUAAAGCAUCAGCUUUAUAUAUUUCGGCAAUACACAAACUUCAUGCUCAACCUCAUUCUCAAAAAAAAACUGAACACAUUUGAAAUUGCUCUCAAUUUCGCAAAAACAGCUAUUAGUAUCCAGUUUUUGAUAUGCAUAGCUUCUUUGGUACAUCAUGUAGGAUAAUAAAAAAAUUCUCGAACUCAAAUUUUGUAAACCAGAGCGGUACGUGUGUCUUUUCCAACCCACCAAAACUGGAUUGCGCUCGAGAUUUAAAAGCUUCAAGGAGGCUCCCUACAGUUUCCAAUAUACAGUGUUUUAAACCUAUUUAAUUAAUUUGAAAUUAAUAAAAUCUAAUUUUUUGCACAAGCUAUUAUUUCCUCAUAUAUAAAAAUAUGCCUAAGACCCUCUCUUCCCUUCCCACCGGGCACACAACGUUGUUUCAACGUUGAAAUUUGGUAGAAAAAAGGUUGCGACGUUGACAACCUAAUAUCUCUCGUUGUUUUACAAACAUUGGUCCCACAGCAGCCAACAGACGUUGAAUUAACGUUCAUUCAUGGUUAAAUGUACGACGUCGAUUUGUGAACCAAUCUCAACGUUGUUUUAACGUGGAUUUAACGUUGAAUUAUGGUUGACGAGAUUGGCAACCUAAUUUCAACGUUGUUUCAACGUCGAAACAGUAACGUCGAUCCAAUUUGCAUAGUCAACCCUUUUUCAACGUCUAUCCAACGUCUGGAAGGUUAUUUCCAACGUUGAUUCAACGUUGGAUAAACGUUAUUUUGCCCGCUGGGUUGUUACUCCACUGCUUUAUUGAAUGUUAUUAACACCGUUCCUACGCGGGGCACGUAGUACGGGCGUCGAUGCUGGCAGGGCCGUUGCGAAGGGAUUUGGAUUGGGGGGGUGUCGAAGGUCAAAUUGCCGAGUGACGCUAGUUGAAUUUGCCGACUUUUUCAAAAGUUUGUAAAGGUUAGAUAUAGUUAAUGAGAAUCAUAUUGAUUAUUGGUGUGCUAGUAACUGCUCUAGGGACACCAAUAUGGCUCUUGUUUUGAAAUGGAUGCCUGUUCGUGGGUUGUUGCUAAAAAGGAAUCGGGUUCCUUUAUGUAUAAAAUAUGACAUUCUAAGAACAAACAAAUAAAAGGUCACGAAAUCGAAACACACAAUUGCAAUAACUGCAAUCACAGCUCAAUGAUGAGCACCGCUAUUUUAUUUUCGUGCGUUUGUUUUCAGAUAGGAGUAUUAUUUUAAUUUACUUAUAUUAAACAUAUAAAGCUGGAAAAAAUUUAAAUUUAACAUAAUUUAUACUGUGUUUUCAUAAGUCCUAAAUCGAGACUAAAACUAUGUCCACACGGGUCACGUUUUUGAGCGUUUUUGCAGUGGUGUUUUCAAAUUUAGCGUUUAGGCGCCUUGUUCACAUUGAUCGCUUUUCUCGCAACAUUUUCUGACAAAGCACUAGUUUUUUAUAGUCUUCGUUUCCAAAUUCAAACACGGAAUUUCAUUUUCGCCUUCCACUUUUCUGUUUACACGAUAACAAAGUGCCAAAACGACCAAACGUUUCAGACAUAGAAAACGAAUCUUUGGCACCGUUUUCACUAUAUUUGAAACGUUUUUGUGCUUCCUGACGUCGUUUUCAUACGUUUUCGUGUGAACAGAAUGUACGUGAAAAUGGUACUUUCAGUUUCAGUUUCAGAAAUUAACGCAAUACAACCAAAAACCGAAAAACGCUGGGAAACGGUACCGUGUGCAUAUAAUCUGAGUAACGAGUGUCUUAGACUGUGGUGCAGACGCGCAUCUCCGCAAAGUCAGAAAAGUUAUCCAAGUAUCUGCAUGUGAUUGCAUUGAUAUUUUGUUUCAAUAUUUUCAUGGCAAUUUGAUGAAUUUGACCUUUUUUAUCCCCAGGCGCCGAAUAGACAAUUUAUAAUAUUUUUUGUAUUUUGAGCAGUCUCAACUCUUAGUGCCGGAUAGUGUUAACUGGGCUUUUGUACGACCCGAUUUUCCAAGAGUUUAAAUUUUAUGCGUUAGAAAGCGAGUAAAACGGAUAUGAUCAUAUGCAACCGAUGAUACCGAUCGCUGUAUGCGGUAUGUCUUUCAAAACUGUAGGCUGAUCCUCGAGUUAACAGUAAUUUCGCUAAAGAACGAAAGAAGACAAGUCCGUUGUUACGGCAUGGCUCGUCUUUCUCUUGGUCUUCUUCUCAUGUGCCUGUGGAGUCUUCUUGAGGAUCUUGCGCCUCUGACGACUCAAAAUAUUCUCUUUGGCUUUGACUGCGCUUUGCAGUCUCAAACGGAUUAGCUGGACGUCUUUAUGUGCUACUCGCACACGGUUUCCCUUAUGGCAAGUUUGCUGGCGUGCCUCUUACGGUAAUCGUCGGGCCGUAUGUUAGAUAACUUUUAUGGUUAAUACGUUUUCCCUCGUGAAAUAAAUAAUAAAGUUUCUAUAGUUUCUAUGUAUUACAUUCAAGAUACUGAAGUUUUAUUCUUUUUCUUUUGGGUUUUGAACCGCGUAUAAUUGAUAAAGAGCCUUCGCUAUGACAGUCGAGCGAAGAACAUGACCGGAAACGUGGGUUUCACAUUUCGAAUUUCAGCCUCCCGUCGAUUUUCGACAAAUAAAAAAACUAAUAGUAUUACUAGAAAAUAGAAAUACAUUUAAAUGGUUUUGACAUAAGGCCACACAAACCAUUAUUUUAAAUCCCAAACUUAUCGCUUUAUUUAUCGCCUUCGUUCUUAACUUUUACAAUAUGCUGAAUGCCGAUUUCGCAAUUUGCCGAACAGUAACGAAGCAAUUUGCCGACUGGGGCCGACUUGCGAAAAUUAUUGGGGGGGUGAAGCACCCCCCCACACCCCCCCGCUCGCGACGGCCCUGGAUGCUGUUGCAUCUAUACAUGCAUGUAUAGGUAUAACAGUUAACAACUAGAUAAGAUUUUUCCGUUGUCUAUUCUGUUAUAUACAUAUAGAUACACAGUAUGGCGUCAUAAUGUGGGAAGAACAUAAGUCACUCCUUCUCGAUGUUUAUCCUAUAUCCUAUACAUAUUCACCGAGACGAAGUCCAGUUGAAUAUUCCCCGUAAUCACUGCAUGAGCCUGAGGCGAAUAAUUGUUUUUUUAUUAACUUCUUAUUAACCGAACGCGAGGUCUAUCCAGGGAACUAUCGGACCGAGGUUUGCAAAAAUACCGACGUCCGAUAUUUCUCUGUACCAUACCGAGCAAGCGAGGUUACUAAAAUGUUUACUAUGUGGCAUUUAUAGGCAUUUAUACUUAAACAAACAAGAAAUUUAUGAUUUGAAAUGCAUAUUAGUAGCGUGGUACACAUUUAGUCGAAGAAAACAAAAAACACCAAUGUUUCCUUCUUUUCCACCAAAAACCAUUCGCAGAUAUCCUAUUAAUAACAAAUUAAAUUAUAAUUUUCAAUUAGUUUUGUGGUUUUGUUUUAAAAUGCAUGCAUUCAAUAUUUCAUCGAUUUUUAAACCAAAUUUGCCGAAUCGUUCUUUCGAAAAGCAUUAUUUACUAGUCCGCUGGUAAACAAUGCGUCCGAUUUACCAGUCAACUAGCCAGUCAGAACGCGCGAAAGCUCAUUUGAUAUGCAAAAUUAUACUAACGUUGAAUAUGAAACAAUCAUAUUCAACUUUAUGACAUCAUGCAUUGGAAAUACGAAAACGAAAUGUGGAAACGUGUUUUCACCAAAACAAUUGGCGCCGCUUUCUACAGUUUAUAGAAAUGUUGAAACUGCGUAAACUAGAUCACCUUUUUGAACAGAUGAUGCUCUUUACAAAUCGAAAUUUGUAUAUUGUAUGUACAGCGACAAUCGAACAGUCGAAAAUUGGUCAAGAAAGUGACGUCAUCGCUGUUGCUAUGGCAACAAUGACGAUUCAAGAUGGCCGAUAUUUUGGCUUUGAACGCAUUUUACUUUAAAAAAAGGUCGGUUACCCCCAUUUUCUAUUUCAGAAAACAUUUUCUUAUAGUAGAAUACACCAUCUGACCAAUUUUUAAAAAAUUCUGUAAUGUCAAAUUUUUAAAAAAUUUAUAAACAUGGUUUUUCGAAAUAAAUUUUUUUUGCAUUACAGAAUUUUUUUAAAUUGGUCAGAUAGUGCAUUGCACUAGGGCUAUAAGAAAAUGUUUUCUGAAAUAAAAAAUGUGGGUAACCGACCUUUUUAAAGUAAAAUGCGUUCAAAGCCAAAAUAUCGGCCAUCUUGAAUCGUCAUUGUUGCCAUAGCAACAGUGGUGACGUCACUUUUCUGACCAAUUUUCGACUGUUUGAUUCUCGCUGUAAAUAUGAUAUACAAAUUUCGAUUUGUAAAGAGCAUCAUCUCUUCAAAAAGGUGAUCUAGUUUACGCAUUUUCAACAUUUCUAUAAACUGUAGCGAGCCACCUUAAAGGAAACAACUUCGAAAAUAUAACGCACAAGUUAUGAACGAAAACAGUCACAAAAUUAAAAGGAUUUGAAGCAUCUUAAGGGACAUAAGAAAGGAGUAAAGAAACAUUUGGGAAAAAGAACUGGUCAUUAUUUCGACGAAUUGAACCAACAGUGCUGGUUGUCUUUUUCAUCUUUUAAAUAACAAAACAGUUAUUGAAUUCGGUUUUGGCCAGAUAUGAAGCCAGGAUUAUCAAGCCCUCAGUUUGUGUUAUCAACAUCCGCUUUCGGCUUCAGUUCAUAGCACAAACUUCUGGCUUGAUAUUGUGGCAGCCUUUACACAUUUGUGUGCAGAAUUCCCGCGUACUCGGAAAACGUGCCCAAUUAACAUUAACCAAUUAAAAACAAUGCGCUGCUUUUGGCGUUUAUUAUCUUUACGGAUUACAGUACUUUAAUAACAACUCUACGAUUUUAUGUACAACUCGACCAUAUGAAUUUUCAAAUUGGUGAUUUUUCCAGCCAUUUUAAUUACAGUGUCUCAAUACAGAUUUUUAUAAAGUGCAAAACAGAUUUUUAUAACCUUGACUUUCAAACCAAUCAGAAUCUGACAAAAAUCAUUGACAAAAAUGAUAAUAGCUCAACAUUUGUUUGGUAAGCAUACGUUUUUUUUAUUUCUGACAGCAAUCAAGAUUCUCCGUCUGCGUAUUUCAUCAAAGCAAGAAACGCAGCUGGCUACGAGCCUACGAGUGAUAUUUGCAGAACUCAAGAGCAAGUCUCACCAGCCUGCAGCGGAGUAGGAUGGACGUCAAUCGGUACCUUUCGAAAUCAUACUAUCCUGGUACAACACAUUUUGCUAUAUGUUAAAACAUAUUCGUUAAAACGGAAACGUCAUAAACGACUGGGUCUAAAUGCCACUCUAAAGGUCCAGACACACCGGAUGCGAUUCGACAAUGCGACGCGAUUUUGCGAUUUUCAUUGACCGAUAACUUUGAUCCUAAUUUAAAUUUUCCAAAUAUUUAGAAGCGCUAUAAAAUUUGGAGUUACUCGGUCUACAUAUCAUGCAAAAUUUACUCUCAUUGGCUGUUUUAUUAACUUUCAAAACUAAAAAAUCUGUAUGUCUGGACCUCGAUGCCUUCUUUUUUCGGUGUCAGUGAAAUGACGAUGUACGUCAACAGGUUCCUUGCGAUAUUCUGAUAGCGAAGCAAGUGCAACACAUUUUGCUAUACUUGCGCCAAAACGGCAACUAUACCUCCAAGGCACUCUAAAUACUCUGUCUUUUCUGUGUCAACCGUGCUAUGAGUGUUGACAAUUUUUCAGAGCAGUGGCAGAAAUUUACUUUGCAGUGUCGGGACUGAAUUUUAAGCAAAUCGUUCUGAAUUUCCUCCAGGCAAGCGAUUUUAGUUUGUCAUAAAGACAUACCAAUACCAUGACAUUUGUAUAUUAUACAUACAAACGUACAUACAUUAUUUUUAUUCAGCUCACUCCCCAUAAGAGCUUUUCAGUGACAGAUUACAUCAAGUAUUUCGCUCAUGUUACGUACUUACUAGAAGUACUAAGUAGAAAUACUUCGUAAAAAAAAUCAGUAUUUAUUUUCGUAUACAUAUAGCUGCGAACAAGCUGUACUUGAGCGCCCGAAAUUCGGCUUCACCCAAACAUAGGCCUUUAUCAUAGACUAUUUGUCUUUACAACAAUAUCUAGACUAUUUGUCUUUACAACAAUUGUAAUAUUACGUUCCUAACUGUGUUUAUCUUAACCCACCCUGUCAACUUUCCCUGUGGGAAGAAACCGGAGCACUAGGAGAAAACCCACUGACUUUUUUCACAUGAGUCUCUAGCGAGAAACGAGCCCACUAUCUCAGACGUGAAAGUCAUUUGCUCUGACGACUGCGCCACAGAAGUCUCAUUAUUGAACUUACUUGAGGAGAUACAAAACUAAAAGAUUGAGAACGCAAUUCUUUCUGUAAUGUAUCCGCACCAUUGAACUAUAAGUAAACUGGAACGAUAAGUUCGCCGCCAUCUUUGAAGAGUGAUUUUUUGCAGGUAGCCCCAGUCCUUUUAUACAAAAUGGAUGCGAAAACUACAGCUUAAUUAAAAAUCGUAAUAUUUUCUCAUUUUUACUUUUUUCAAGGAAUUUAUAUUUAUUCUAUAGAGCACACUUUUACAACACAACUUCUAUCUAAGGCACAUGAAAUAUGCACAUAUUGUUUAACCGCCGAAAUAUGACACGAACAAAAUGAAAUUCGGCAAAAAAACGCCCAAGAAUUUAUGUGUUUUCUGAGCUUUUAGAUUUCCAGAAAGAGUUCAGAGACAAUUUUAUACAAUUUAUGUAGAAUAAUCUUAGAUACAAUUGUUAAUGGAGUCCAAACAUCCAGAAACGUGUUUUAAUAAGUUAAAAUUAAGGAUUAAAUAAGUAGAAAUACAUCGUAAAAAAAUCAGUAUUUAUUUUCGUAUACAUAUAGCUGCGAACAAGCUGUACUUGAGCGCCCGAAAUUCGGCUUCACCCAAACAUAGGCCUUUAUCAUAGGAGUUAUCGUUCCAGUUUAUGUAUAUAGUUCAAUGAUCCGCACCCAUCAAAAUUACAUCCGGGCCCAGCCAAGCAGAAAAUCCUUUUGCAUCCUUGAAUCUUAAAUCGUGAGAUAAUUAACCAGCGAGGGCAAAACAAAUAGAUGUUUAGAGAAAGCAUAGUUUUCUCGAAAUAAUAGGGGCUGAAGCUCUGUUUUCAAAUGAGAAUGGCCAUGCAUAAUUUUUGCCCUCAGAAGCAAUUUCAAGCAACGAAAUGAAGCUUGACUAUAGUGACGACAGUUCGAUUCCUUGCUGUACAAUAGUGGAAAGUUAACGUCUUAGUAGACACCCUAUCACAAAUAUUGUACGAAGUUAUGCCGGCUUCAUCUGUUAUCUGCUAGUUUUCCUGCGCGCCGGAAAACCUUUUCAAUACUGAGUUGAUUAUUAAAAUGUGCAGUAAAACAUUUUAAAUUAUUUUUAGGGUAAUUGGAGUUACGAAAGCGAAAUUUGGACUUCAAAAGGAAUCGAUCAGGUUUUCUUGAAUUCGCAAUUUUGGAGUGCAAAUGUCACUGAAAUUUGUCUAUCGUCAACGGUAUUUAGUAUUCGAAUUCCCGUGGCAGCUCCCUCAUUACGCAGCUUGUUUUUCGAAAAGAGAAUUCUGAACAUGACAUCACAGCAAUGGUUUGACUCUCUUCAAGGCUCUGCAUUCCCAAUGUUUACACCAGGAUGUUUUGAAAUUGGUUUCAACGUGGGAAAUGAAACUGGAGCUCCACUUCGAGCUCGUUUGGGAAUUGUUUCCACACAUGGCGCAGGUAGGCAUAACUAUUAUAGUUACAGAAGCCCUUAAAAUGGCUCACAACCCGAUGGCGACAAAAGAUCCAGAAAUGUCAUGAGAGAACCGACCUAGCUUGAGUUGCAGGCGAUAUUUGGGUGCCAAAAAUUGAGCAUUUGGGUUCCGGGACAGCUAACUUCCCUUGCACUCUGAUUGGUCAGCAUAAUGGUUUUGAAUUUUUCAAAUUUUGGAUUGACGAGAAAUUAAUAUAAUUAUAAUAUAAUAUUAAUAUCGCGGAGCCGUGUCAGACUCAUUUUGGUUUCAUAUCUUUUUGGCCCGAGGCAGACUCAUUUUGGCCCGAGCGUAGCGAGGCAGUUAAAUAAGCAAUGAGGAGGACAAAGAGCAUGUUCUUUGCCCAAGAACAUCAACUGUAUUACUAUUAUAGUAAUUGUACAGGGUGAUUAGACAGUACAAAAAUUGGGAAGUACACAGGAAACUGUUCUGCUAUCCAGCCUUCUCGCUACAAUAUAUUUCGUUUUCUUUACCACAAACUCGAUUUAUAUAAGCACAGGAAAACUAGGCUAUGUGUAUAGCCCGCAACCAGCAUUUGGCCGCGCGAGGCCUGAACCUCCUUUAAAAUAAGGAAGGAAGGAAAGAAAGAAAUGGCUCGCGAAAUCGCCUAAACUCGUAUAUAUAUGGCCGUAAACUUGUAAAUAUAUUCUUUAGAGUAUAUAGGGACGUUGUUAUUGCUCUUUAUAACUUUUUAUACAGUCUAUAUUGAAUAGUUUUUAAAGCAUGCUUGUUAUAUAACCAGUCUCCAGUCACAUGACUAAGGGUUCCCUUAUCCGGUGGACAAAAGCCCCGCGUAUAAAAUCCGGUAAAUAUCGUUACAUCCUUUCCUUCAUAAAAAUAUGAAUAUCUAAUUAUAACAAAUGUCUCAAAUAGUCAACGAAAAGAAUCGUAAAUCUAUGACCAACAGAGUACAGAAUAUUGUCAUGAGCGAUAACAGUCUGGAGCUUUUAGCAAACGCCCUCUCGAUGAUCUUCUUUCCACUGAGUUACUUGGUUUACCUUCGUUGGACAACGGCUGAUUUGUUUGCAUACCCGAAUCUGUGGAUACCUCUUGUAGUGGGUUAUCUUGUGCUGCUGGUAGUUCAUUUUGAAAUGUAGCACCGUAAAGUUCACUUGUUUCAUCUGGCAGCGUUCUUUUCUCUUCGACUCUUUCUGUUGUUGCUGCUAAGUGCCUUCUGUUUCGCCUAUACAAUUUACCGUCAGACAUAACUUCAUGUGAUCGAGGAGCGACUUUCUCGUUGCAAACUCCACUUCUCCACGUCUUGUCGGAACUAUUUGGAUCUGGUCGUAUUCGCACGACAUCUCCUGGUUUAAGUUCCGGGAGCGGUUUACUCCCCCGAUUAUAGUAUCGUGCUUGCUUUCUUCGCUUGUUCGUUACCUGUUCCUUCACCAUGCAGGGAAGUUUUGGUUUCAACAAAUUUGCUGAGGUUGGGAGAGGGGUUCUUGUCCUUCUUCCCAUUAAUCUUUGCACAGGGGAUGAAUCAAGGCCUUCGGUCGGCGUGUUUUGCUAGUAACGCUAGGUAGGGAUCUCGUUUGUCAGCUUGAGCUUUCUUCAAGAUCUUUUUUGGCGUUUUUACUGAGUUCUCAACCUUUCCAUUGGAUUGUGCAUAAUACGGGGAUGAGGUAAUAUGCUUGAACUCCCAUUCUCUAGCAAAGUUCUCAAAACUUGUCGAGGCAAACUGGGGUCCGUUGUCACUUCUCACUUCUUUAGGUAUACCAUGUCUUGCGAACUGUGACUUUAAACUCGUGAUGAUUGCUGCAGCCGUCGUUUCAUUUAGGACAUUAAAUUCGAAGUAAUUUGAAUAAUCAUCAACCAUUAUGAUAUAAUCUUUUCUUUCUAGCGUGAAAAGGUCAACAGCCACUCUUAUCCAUGGUCUAUCCGGUACCGGUUGUGAUAUAAGAGUUUCUUUGGGUUGUUCUUUUCGGUAGGCAUUACAGGUAUCGCAGCCAGACACAUGUUCUUUGAUUGCUGCGUUCAUUCCGAGCCAAAAAACUACUUCACGAGCACGUCGAAGGCAUCCUUCAGCACCAAUGUGACUCGAAUGUAUCUUAUCUAGCAUUUGACUUCUCAUCGAUGCUGGUACGACAACUCUCUCACCUUUGAAGACUAGGCCAUCUUGCACUGAUAAUUCGUCACGGAAGUUAUAGUAAGCUCUUGUUCUCGGUAGCACUCUGUUCCUCUGGUUGGGCCAUCCACUUUCAAUGUUUCUUUUUAGGUCUUGGAGGGUUACAUCAUCUCGUGUUUUUUCCUGAAGCUCUCGUAAGCGUUCCGGGCUAAUUGAAAGAUACUUAAUCAUCUUCACAUUCUCUACCGCUCUAAUAAACUCUUCUCUUCUUCACCGACUUGACUAGGUGAACUUAAAUAUGCCCUGCUCAAGGUAUCGGCAAUAUACAACUCGGACCCUCGCUUGUACAAGACUUUCAAGUUGUACUUAUGCAGUUGCAUCAUCAUUCGCUGCAAUCGUUUGGGAGCUGCUAAAAGUGGCUUUUGCAGAAUCACCUCCAGUGGUUUGUGAUCUGUUUCGAUGGUAAUAUCGCGUCGGAAUACGUACUGGUCAAAACGAUCACACGCAUGUACAAUCGCCAACAGCUCCUUCUCGAUCUGAGCGUAGUUUCUCUCUGUAGAUGUAAGUGCUCGAGAUGUAAAUGCUACUGGCUGUCCUUCUUGUAACAGCACUGCUCCAACUCCUGAUUUUGAUGCGUCACAUUGGAAAGUUACUUCCUUGGCGACAUCGUAGUAACGUAGGACAGGGUGACAUGUGAUGAGUUUCUUUAUCUCUUCGAAUGCCUUUUGCUGAUAUUCAUCCCAGUGCCAUUCAACAUCUUUUGCUUCUUUUUGACGAAGUGGUUCGCUGAUAGUUGAAAUGUUGGGUAAGAAUUUAGAAAGAUAAUUCACCAUACCAAGGAAUCUCUUGACUGAGGGUACAUCUGUUGGUUGAGGCAGUAUAUAGGGACGUUGUUAUUGCUCUUUAUAAUUUUUUAUACAGUCUAUAUUGAAUAGUUUUUAAAGCAUGCUUGUUAUAUAACCAGUCUCCAGUCACAUGACUAAGGGGUCCCUUAUCCGGUGGACAAAAUCCCCGGGUAUAAAGUCCGGUAGAUAUCAUAUUUCUCCGAAACCUUGUCUAUUUUCAGGUUAUCGCCCGCUGUGGCCCAAGUAAAUGUGUUAUAAACAUCGACCGCUUCUUCCCAAUCACUGUCAGGAACGUAGCAACUCUCGUCGGAUUUUCUUUCUCUGCAACUCCUGUAGCAAUCUCGUAAUUUGUCCAUUUCUGUUUAAAUUUUUUCCAUUUUAUCGAAGUACUUCCUUCCAGUAUUUUAAGCGGUUCAGGCGGCGGGAGACCGAGAGACGUCGCCAUUUUGUUCAAAUUGUACGCGACGAAUUUCCAAUAUAAUUGUAUCAACAAACGUUUCUAGCACUUUGAUUCCAACGUCUUACGACAUCCCACUCCUGACACAAUGUAAAGAUAUUCUUUAGAGUAUAUAGGGACGUUGUUAUUGCUCUUUAUAACUUUUUAUACAGUCUAUAUUGAAUAGUUUUUAAAGCAUGCUUGGUAUAUAACCAGUCUCCAGUCACAUGACUAAGGGGUCAAUUAUCCGGUGGACAAAAGCCCCGGGUAUAAAGUCCGGUAGAUAUCGUUACAAACUAUUGUCGAUUUUUGGCUUUUAACGUAUUUGUUUCGAGUAAAAUAGGCAUAGCCGCAGGGCCGGAGCUACGGUGUGUGUGUGUGGGGGGGGGGGGGCUUACACCCCCCAGAAAUUCUAUUCCAAGUUUAAUUCGGCGGGACUGCUAUUUCAGUCGGCAGACAAAAAUAUUUUUGACGAAUAAAAUUACUACCGAUAUGAUUUUCACAUGUUACAUAAGAAACGGAAAUUUUUGUUACUCGAAAUUUACUCAGCUGGAUAAUCAUUAUAAUCUGUUAGCAUUAUAAUCGUUCGUCAGUUGGUUAAAAUGACCUUACACCCUCCCUGAAAAAUUCCCUGGGGACGGCCCUGCAUAGCCGUCAAGAAUGGACAUGUAUAACUCUCUCAAAUAAUCAAAGAGUUUAAAUUCGCAAUUGAAUACGGCGAAGAAACGAUAGUGUUUAGCCAAAAUGUAUCCGGCACUUACUUCAUCUGCGUAAAAACUGAUUGGGCAACGAAAUAAAUAGAUUCCAAUAUUUUAUCCGCUGGGAGUAAGGGAAAAAUAAAAGGGCGUGCUUCUGGUCGACUAAACUUUGCGCAAAAAUGUGCAGUGAUAAAAAUUGGUAUAAUUAGGUAUGGAUUAUAUCAUAUUUCGAUUAUGUUGGAAUGAGUCGCUUGUAAUUCACCGGAUAUUAUUAUACACUUAAUGUCUGCUCCCGAAGGAGAUAGUUUGUUUUGUUUUUCCGAGAGUCUCAAUGUUUCCCUUGACGAAGUCGAGGUCGGGAGGGGCAACAAUUUUUCACUUAAAGUUUGAUUCGUUCACUGCAACCAGGUAUAUCAAUCAUGUUUCGCUCGCUACUCUAGUUUAAAUAAAUGAUUACAAAGCCCAGUCGAAUUGUAAUCAAGACCCAACGUUUCAACACUCCAGUCUAGUGUCUUCAUCAGGGGUGAUCUAAAACUGCGAUCGUGGCUUCUUAAAUACCCAAGGGAUGACAUCACCUGCCAAGAAGAUGCAUAUAUUCCUCUGGCAAAUUGACACCGUCAUCCCUAUUCAAAGCAUGAUGACUCAUAUUUAUAUACCACGCUUCUAGGCAAAGUCUUUGACCAUAGCGAUUGUUUGUGGUAAUUACUUUUUAAUUAGAGUUUUACCACGCAAUCUCGUGUUUGGUGUAACAUACAUGUUCGGCUAAAGCUGAUUUUCCCUUGUCUAAAGUUCAAACAGCCUUUUUAUGUUCUUUUAGCCGUGUACCAAACUGGCGUUUAGACUGACCCUAAUACUCUUUGUCGCAGUCACCGCAUGGUAUAGAAUAUACAGCAUGAGUCUUUUGAUUUUUUUCAACAGGAUUAUUUGGCUUUGCGAAAAUAUGGCCUAAAGUCAAAUAGGGUUUAAUGGCAACAUUAAUAUUACAAUUACUUGUAUUGUAAUACGUUUCAUGUCAUGUAAAGAGAAGAAACAAGAGUUUCCUGGAUGUUAACGUAUACAUGGUGUAUAAAAAAAAACUGAACAGAUUUGGGAUUGCUCUCAAUUUCGCAAAAUAGCUAUUAAUAUCCCGUUUUUGAUAUAUACAGGGAGUAUAAAAAUGUGCACAGUUGGAAAACGUUCACCAAAGUCCGAUGCGCGUGAAAUUUCCGAAAACAUUCAGUAAGCCUAUGUACUUUAACGCUUUCUGGUACAUUUAUCACUAAAAUUACUUAAAAUGCUAGCGUUUUUAGAGUAGGAAUGUCGUUACUAUCCACCCCUUCAAAAAAAAGCCCUUACAAAAAUUUUUUUUUCGGAAACAUUUUUAAUCACACAGAGUCAAAAUGUUUUUGAAUCUAAAUAAAUAGCGUCUUGCACACUAAAAUCAAAAUUUUAAGAAAUUUGACGCGUAGGCCUACGCAAGAUCUUCAAAACCUGGAUUUUCUCCCAUUUUGUUAGUUUAAACGUGAUUUCUUUGCAUGAAAAUGUUCUCGAGUGGGUAUUUCAUAAUUUCCAAACCGCGCGCAAGCAGAAAGAUAUUGCCUGCCGCGGCUGGGUCUUGAACCUGCGACCUCGAUCUAGUAAUUCAUAUAUGAAAACAUCAUUCAAAAAAACGCCACCAAACCCAAGGUUUAAGUUCGCAAGAAUCCAAAAAACGUUCCUCGAAAUACCCCAUAAAUAAGUUAGCAAACCCGGGGGCAAAUUUAGUCCCAAUAGCCGUUCUCAAUUUUUGUCGAAGCAUAUUCUCUUCAAAUUCAAAAAAAUUAUUUUCCAAAACCAAUUUGGCAAGUGAGACCAAAUCAUCGACGGGCAUGUUCUCUUCUGCCUUAUUUAUUGCUAAUCUGAGAGCCUCAAGACCUUCGCUGUGUGGUAUGUGACGAUAUUAUCCAACUACAUCUACAGUGAACAAAAUUGCAGUCGAUGGGAUAUGACCUAAGUCUUCCAAACGUUGCAAAAAAUGUGUACUAUCUUUUAUGACAGACGGCACAACUUCCACCAAUGGUUGAACACGAAAAUCCAGAAACUCCGACAAUCGUUCUGCAGAAGUACCACAGUUAGAUAUAGCCGGGUCUACCUGGCACAUUUUCAAGCCGCUUGUGAAUUUUAGGCAAUAAAAAGAAUCUACCCAAACGCGAUCUCGGCACAACGAGGUUUUCUAAGUUUUUACUGGAAAUAUAAUCCUGAAGGAUUUUCCUGAAGUCUCUCAUAAACAACCUUAGUAUAUUCAUUUUGAAACCAAUGCUGUUUCCUGCAAUCUGAUUGGUUCACAGGAGCGUGAUUUCUGCACGAAUCGCACUCCUAUAGCAGUGCGAUUCGUGCUGAAAUCGCACCUUUUUUCAACCAAUCACACUAGAGUGCUGAUUUCAGCCAACCAAUCAUAUUUCAUCAUAGGAUUCAAACAGCCAAUCAAUUUUAAGAAAAAUGUGAUAUGGCAAAUGAGCAAAAACAAAAAAAUUACAUAUCUCAUGAUUAAUUCUCUUGAGUGCCUAUAAGCAAUUUUUAGACAUAAAAACAAAAAAAUAUGGAUAGCUUCAGUAAACUAUCAAAAAAUUGAAAAAAAUGUUAAUUUUUUUGAAAUUUUACAAAUAGUAACGGGCAAAAAUGCCAACAAAAGCAAAUUUAAAGCGUCAUGGGAGACAAAGGUAAAUUCGCCUAUCGUAUUUCCAAUUUUAAACGCACAAAACUGCACCAAAACUCUUUCAAAUCACUCGUAUAAAACCUACAAUAUAUUUAAACUUACUUGUGUUGUUUCUUGUUCUUUAUAAAUGUCCUCAUUUCUUUAACAGUUUUGCAGUAUUUUGAACGUAUUAUCAAUAAACUGCAAUUUAACAAAACUGAGUUCAUCUUAUUCGCUUAUUGUUGCUAUACCACAGCACUCAGGGAGGUACCUUACAAAAUAUCUAAGAUUUCAAAAUGAAUAUAAUAAAGAGGAAAUUGAACUUCGUGUCGUGCAAUUUUGGACUGAAAUCAAACUUGUGAUUACAAAAUCGCACUCAGCGUUUCGCGGUCGUGCGAUUUUGUAUUAGAGAUCUUAAGAUUGACGUUUACGGCAAACGGCAAACCGCUAGCGAAGUUUUUGAUUUUACAACUCUAUUAUAAUAGCUUUUACACCAGUUUUGAAAUAUGUUAGACUUAUCAAACUUGUGCUCUUUAGCAAUGAUUUGAGAAAGCAAAUUAACCACUAGUCAUGCCAUUCACCAAAGCAGUAAAUUAAGAUUUGGCGUUUGAAGUUGACGUUUGGCGUAUAGAUUUCAUGCUUUAACGACUACAAGCCCUCGUAGCAGUUCAAGAAUGAAAUGUAUACGCCAAACGUCAACUUCAAACGCCAAAUCUUAAUUUACUGCUUUGGUGAAUGGCAUGACUAGUGGUUAAUUUGCUUUCUUAAAUCAUUGCUAAAGAGUACAAUAUAAUAAGUUUAACAUAUUUUAAAACUGGUGUAAAAGCUAUUAUAAUAGAGUUGUAAAAUCAAGAACCUCGCUAGCGGUUUGACGUUUGCCGUAAACGUCAAUCUUAAGGUCUCUAAUGACGCGUUUGAUUUCAAUCCAAAUUGCCCUCCACUCAGUUCAAUUACCACUAUAAAUUGUUAAGGUGCCUAUAUGCCGCAAUACGGUAAUCUUUUCUGUCCCAAACAGGGCCGUAGCUUGACCGAUAAUAGGGGCGGGGGUGUAUAUUCAUAUAACCGUGUUCUGCCCGACAGAUUUCAUUUGAAAUUGAUUGUUUUUACGGUAUGUUAACAUACCGUAAAAAUAAUCGCUUUCAAAAGAAAUCCGUCGGGCAGAACACGAAUAUAUGAAUAUACAUGAACACGAAUAUAUGAAUAUAUGGGGGGGGGGGGUGUAUAUUCACAUAUUCAUAUAUAUGAAUAUACACCCCGCCCCCCAAUUAUCGCGUCUAGCUACGGUGCUGGUCCCAAACUAAACGAAUGAAGUAUAGAUCCGGCUAUAGAAGUGUAUUGCUCCAAAUUGGAAGAAAAAGUUUCUGCUAUUAAUACGGGAGGGAGAAACUACAGUAAUCUUUCUGUUGAGGAAAUAAAGGCGUUGAAGAAUUUGAAAAGCUAUAAGAAUAUUAUUAUUAAGCGGACAAAGGUCCUGCAGUGGUAGCAUACCAUAUAUGCAAUUAUAAUUAUUAUUAUUAUAAUGAACAUCGUUCAGGACGUAACUAACAAUGAUAGUUAGUAGGAUCUUUUAAGAUUCUUUUUGUAAUUUAAAAAUCACAUAGUUACUGCCUUCCUCCUUGUGUGCUGUAACAGUACAAAGCACAUGCGGAAAAAAAGGAAUUUUGACUAAAUAUUUCGAAUAGAAAUAAGAAGUACACUUCGUGGCCUCUGUUUACUGAUUUUUAUUGUUAUCGUUAUCUCUUAUUUAGGUUGCCCUGCUGCGAUAUUUGCUUUGGGGAUAGGACUACAUGUUCCUGACUUCGUAGGCAGCUAUCAGGGAUAUUACACCAACGUAGCCUCCAGGUUAGAAGCAGACGUAUCAGUUUAUGUCCGCUCACGACCUGAGAAUGAAGCACCACCAACCACGGGACCACCAGCAACCAUGGGAAUACCAUAGGAACAUAUCAACAAUAGGACCACCAUGCACUGUCUCUAUCAUAAGCAAUGCGUUGGCAAUUUUACCAACCGCAUAAGAAUAUAUAUAUCCUAGUUUCCAGAAUAAGUUUGCACGUUAUCUAAUCUUAACUAAAUACAAAACAAUCGUAAGCCUAAACAUAGUAUACAUUUUCAAAAUUGUUGAUUAUGUAAUGCAAUUUUCCGUGUUUUAUUUUACAAAAAAGCAUAAAAACAAAGCUGCUGUAUCUGAGCGUAAUUAUAGUUUAUAUGAUUAGAAAUAUAUGCAUGAAGC